AUGGCGAUGCACGCCCUUACCGGCUUCUCUCUAGUUAGCCUGCUCGGCUUCGGCUACCUGUCCUGGGACUGGGCCAAGCCGAGCCUGGUCGCCGACGCGCCCGCGGAGGCUGGCGUGGAGCACCCCUCGGCUGCUCCACCGCAGCCUCCCCACAUCAUAUUCAUCCUCACCGACGACCAGGGCUACCACGACGUGGGCUACCAUGGCUCAGAUAUCGAAACCCCCACUCUGGACCGCCUGGCAGCCGAGGGUGUCAAGUUGGAGAAUUAUUAUAUCCAGCCCAUCUGCACGCCUUCACGGAGCCAACUUCUCACCGGCAGAUACCAGAUCCACACAGGACUUCAGCACUCCAUCAUCCGCCCUCGGCAGCCCAACUGCCUGCCCCUGGACCAGGUGACACUGCCCCAGAAGCUUCAGGAGCUGGGCUACUCUACCCAUAUGGUGGGCAAGUGGCACCUGGGCUUUUACCGGAAGGAGUGCCUGCCCACGCGCCGGGGCUUUGACACCUUCCUGGGCUCGCUCACAGGCAACGUGGACUACUACACCUAUGACAACUGUGAUGGCCCAGGGGUGUGCGGCUUCGACCUGCACGAGGGUGAGAAUGUGGCCUGGGGGCUCAGCGGCCAAUACUCCACUCUCCUCUACGCCCAGCGCGUCAGCCACAUCCUAGCCAGCCACAGCCCCCGGCAGCCCCUCUUCCUCUAUGUGGCCUUCCAGGCGGUCCACACGCCUCUGCAGUCCCCGCGCGAGUACCUGUACCGCUACCGCACCAUGGGCAAUGUGGCGCGGAGGAAGUACGCGGCCAUGGUGACCUGCAUGGAUGAGGCCGUGCGCAACAUCACCUGGGCCCUCAAGCGCCAUGGUUUCUACAACAACAGUGUCAUCAUCUUCUCCAGUGACAACGGCGGCCAGACCUUCUCGGGGGGCAGCAACUGGCCGCUGCGAGGACGCAAGGGCACUUACUGGGAAGGGGGUGUGCGGGGCCUGGGCUUUGUCCAUAGCCCCCUGCUCAAGAGAAAGCGACGGACAAGCCGGGCACUGGUGCACAUCACUGACUGGUACCCGACCCUGGUGGCUCUGGCAGGGGGCACUGCCUCGGCAGCUGAUGGGCUGGACGGUUAUGACGUGUGGCCAGCCAUCAGUGAGGGCCGGGCCUCACCACGCACAGAGAUUCUGCACAACAUUGACCCACUCUACAACCAUGCCCGGCACGGCUCCCUGGAGGGCGGCUUCGGCAUCUGGAAUACCGCCGUGCAGGCCGCCAUCCGCGUGGGCGAGUGGAAGCUGCUGACGGGAGACCCCGGCUAUGGCGACUGGAUCCCACCCCAGACGCUGGCCGCCUUCCCUGGCAGUUGGUGGAACCUGGAGAGGAUGGCCAGUGCCCGCCAGGCCGUGUGGCUGUUCAACAUCAGCGCUGACCCCUACGAACGGGAGGACCUCGCUGGCCAGCGGCCAGAUGUGGUCCGAGCCCUGCUGGCCCGCUUGGUGGACUAUAACCGCACAGCUAUCCCUGUGCGAUACCCAGCUGAGAAUCCCCGGGCCCAUCCUGACUUUAAUGGGGGUGCAUGGGGGCCUUGGGCCAGUGAUGAGGAAGAAGAUGAAGAAGAGGAGGAAGGCAGGGCUCGAAGCCAGUCCAGGGGGCGACGCAAGAAAAAAUGCAAGAUUUGCAAGCUGAGAUCCUUUUUCCGUAAACUCAACACCAGACUGAUGUCCCAUCGGAUCUGAUGGGUGGGGCUGAGAU